AUGGCUCCCUUGCAAGCAGAAGUCAUUGCUCCCGAACUUUCUGCCAAAAUCAAACCGGCACCCAUUGCAAUAUCAGCAACUAUAAUCCUACUUGUCAUAUGCAUUGGUAUCGCAUUUCGACCAACUCGGCCGAUGCCCGUUUUUCGAGAAGACAUCACUGAUUGCUGUGAGCCUUACAUCGAACAAGAGCUUGGUGCGAAGCUUGCGAACCAUCAUUAUUCGGAAAAGCCAUCUUUCGUUCCCCCCAGAGAGAAUCGGGGCCAAGGUCGAACAGCAAUUACUCAAUGGCGGCCUUCACUUGCACUGAACGCGAAUGAUUCACCACGCCAGCCGCCCGAAACGCAUCGUCAAGGAUCGCAUCGCGACUCGGUUUCCACCUACAAACACUUCCCGUACUCGUCCUCCAACAAGAGCGGCCUGUCGAAGAGCUCCUCCCUGAUGGAAAUGGAUGGGCCCGCCCUUGCUCGACGGGACUAUCCUAGUACAGAGCAGGACCAAAUUCAUCGUUUGAGUGUUGGUGCAUUUCUGAAAGUGCCAUCGCAAGCAUCCUUCGGUCGACUGCAUGAAAGACUGGGAGGUGGCAGGCGACGACUGGACUUGGGCUCGCAAUACGAAGGAUCUUUCAUCCCGCGCACUGUGUCUGAUGCGCGCGUCUCGGCGGAUCCUUACUAG